AGGAAAUGCACCCAGAAAGAGGCCAGGCCGUCACUCCCUGAGUGUGUGCAUGCAGUUUGGCCUCUGACUUAGUUAUUCUCCAGAACCCGUGCGCUGGUCUUGCACCCUAGUCUUUGAUCUGCCCUUGAUUUCAUUUUGCGAUGCCUAAUUACAAGUGGAAAUGGCCGGAGCCCAUCUCCUAGCUUGGAUUGUAGGUGUGACAGCCCGAACAUUACGAGUCAGAUGUUACCGAUAAUGGGGCGUUGUGUAGGGUAAUGUCUGUGCCCGCCUGAGUUUGGCACAUUGUGGGCACAAAGGACAAACUGAUUUGCGUUAUUUUGCUUGCCAGCAGGCUUGUCAUCUAGAGUUGGUGGCAUAGAGUGGUCAUCAUGGCCGGUGGGACUAGCGAGGGUUGUAAAGGCGGCUGUCCGUGUGACCGUGACCGGCAGUACUGCGAGUUGUGCGGGAAGAUGGAGAACCUGCUGCUGUGCGGCCGCUGCCGGAGCUCCUUCUACUGCAGCAAAGAGCAUCAGCGGCAGGACUGGAAGAAGCAUAAACUGGUCUGCAAGGGGAGCCCGGCAACUACCCCGGGGGCAAACACCGGCACUUCCCUGCAAAAAGACCCCAAAAAGGAACCGCCGCAGCAGCCUCCUCCUGCGCCCUCAACCCCGGCACAAGAUGCCCCAGACGCCGCGGAGGCUAAAAGUGCGGGGGGUGGCGGGCAGAGGGAGCUGGUGGUCGGAGGGGCCACGCUGAGGGCCAUCAAGGAAGAGGAUUACACCCAGACCUCCGGGGAGGCAGGGGGGAGCAGCACGGCGAGGAGGAGAGAGGGAGUCGGGCGGCCGAAUGGCCAGACGAAGCCGCUGCUGCAGAAGCUGGCGCAGGAGUACAUCGCUCCGUGCAUGAGCAAGCAUGGCAUCUGUGUGCUGGACGACUUCCUGGGCCAGGAGCUGGGGGAGAGGAUCGUGUCCGAGGUGAAAGCCCUGCACAAGACCGGCCGCUUUACAGACGGGCAGCUCGUCAACCAGAAGAGCGACUCGACCCGGGACAUCCGCGGCGAUCAGAUCACCUGGGUGGAGGGGAAGGAGGCCGGCUGCAGCGCGAUAAGGGAGCUCAUGAGCAGCAUGGACGAUCUCAUCCGGCACUGCAAUGGCAAGCUGGACAGCUUCAGGAUCAACGGCAGGACGAAGGCGAUGGUAGCGUGUUACCCAGGAAAAGGAACGGGAUAUGUGAGACAUGUUGAUAACCCCAAUGGAGAUGGAAGAUGUGUCACUUGCAUAUACUAUCUUAAUAAAGACUGGGAUGCGAAGGUUAAUGGAGGUGUGCUUAGAAUCUUUCCCGAAGGUAAAGCCCAGUUUGCGGAUAUUGAGCCAAAAUUUGAUAGACUGUUGUUUUUCUGGUCAGACCGGCGCAAUCCUCAUGAAGUUCAGCCAGCCUUUGCUACAAGGUACGCAAUAACGGUGUGGUAUUUUGAUGCAGAUGAAAGGGCAAGAGCAAAAGAAAAAUACCUUACAACAGGUGAAAAGGGGGUGAGGGUUGAUCUCAACAAACCUCGUGACUCCAUUACUAAAGAAGCCAUCUGAGGACUUGCCAUGCGCAGAAUAUUAUACAUCAGCACCUAUGGUGGCUGGAUUUCCUGUAAUUUGUAACUUGGUUGAAGUGCCACAGAUCAUCAAAUGAAUUGAACUUUGGGAAACCAGGAAAAUGAAAUUUGUAAAGAACUACUUGCUUAUGUAAUUUUACAUUGAAAUACAAAACGCUGACCUAACAGAGCAGGUUUUAUUCUCUGCUCAUACAAACAAACUGCAAAGAACUAAUGCAUUGCUGUCUAUUUUUUAUGUUUUGCUGCUUAAUUUGUCAUCCUCCAACUGUCCUUUCUAUAGAAACCAUAAUAAAUUAUGGAUAUUUUUAAAGCGCAGUUUGUCAUUGAAUGCAUUUUUUGGGGAUAAAGUAAUGCUUAAACAUG